AUGUCUACAACGAUAUCAAAGGUUGUUUUCAACGAUCAUACAGAAUUGCAGAAUUAUUACAAUUAUAUAAGAUCAUCAAAGGAUGCUGACAGCGCAAUACGCUGGCGAAAUCAAUUUGUAUGGGAGCUGGCCCGAUACUUAGUAGGAGAGGAAAUAGUCGUUUAUCCUAAACUCACUAAAUACCUUGGGGAAUCUGGACAUGCGAUGGCGGAAAAGAAUCGAAAAGAGCAUCAAUUAAUAAAGGAACACCUAUACAAGUUGCAGUCAAUGAAGCCAGCCGAGCAAGAGUUCGUUCCGACGCUGGAUACUAUCAUGAUCCAUCUUCAGAAGCAUAUUGAAGAGGAGGAAAAUGUUGAAUAUCCUCAACUUGAAAAUGAAAUGGGAGCUGAAAAGUCUCAUCAUUUAGCCAAGACUUUCGAGAGAACAAAGAUGCUAGUACCUACUUACAGUCAUCCAUCGGCUCCGAACAAACCCCCAUUUGAAACAAUCGUCGGACUUUUUGCAACACCUAUUGACACUUUGAGAGAUUUGUUGAGAAAGUGGCCUUGA